CCAUCUCACCCCCAGCUGCGCAGUAACACAGACGUGGCUGGCGAGGGUGCCCAGCCUGCUACCACCUUCCCUGACCCAGGCCUGGAAAAUCUGCCCACCCUGGGCAGGCUGGAUCCUGCUCACCCGACCCACUCCUUGCCAGGCUCCCCACUGCCCUGGCCAUGGCGCCCCUAGGGGAAGACACACCCCUGAUCGGGGGUCGCUCCUGCAGUCUGUCGUCCAGUGAGGUGGGGGGGCUGCAGCUCCUCCUGUACCAUCACACCAACGCCCCUCGCUCGGUGCCUGACUCAUCCUGGAUCCUGACCUUCUCCUUCGGGGAGUACUCUGCCGAAGAUCUCUGCAUCGCAGCUGCCAAAGCCUGUGGGAUCCUGCCCGUGUGCCACAGUCUCUUUGCCCUGGCUACAGAAGAUCUGAAGUGCUGGUUUCCGCCCAACCACAUCUUCACAGUGGAUGACACGAGUGCGCAGGUCCUCGUCUACAGGCUGAGGUUCUUUUUCCCAAACUGGUUUGGCCUGGAGAGAUGUUACCGCUUCGGGCUGAGGAAAGAUCGAGCCAGCGCCAUCCUAGACUUCCCCGUCCUUGACUACCUGUUUGCCCAGGCCCGCAGUGACUUUGUCAGUGGGAGGAUGGAGUUCAGCUUGAGUCUGAAGGAGCAAGAGGAGUGUCUGAGCUUGGCUGUGCUGGACCUGACCCAGCUGGCCCGGGAGAAGGGCCAGGGCCCAGAGGAGAUCUUCAAGAGUGUCAGCUAUAAGUCCUGCCUCCCGGAAAAAUUCCGACGGCAGAUCCAGGGACUCAGCUUCCUGACCCGGAAGAGGAUCCGAAAGACCGUGCAGCAGUCCCUGCGGCAGGUGGCUGGGUGCCAGGCCGACGGGCGGUCACUGAAGCUCAAGUACCUGAUGGACCUGGAGCGGAUGGACUCGGCCUUCCCGCCCGAGACCUUCCCCGUGAAGGCCCCUGGGACUGGGCACAGUGAGGGCGCCUGCCAGUUUAUCCACGUGUCUGGGGAGAAUGGCAUCUCCUGGAACUCCAGUGGCAAUGAGGGCUCUCAGCAUUUCUGCGACUUUCCCGAAAUCACCGACAUCAGCAUCAAGCAAGUGAGUCGGGACGGCAACCCCAGGGAGACCCGGCUCGUUACUCUCACCAGGACAGAUAACAGGACCCUGGAGGUGGAGUUCCCCACUCUGCGGGAGGCCCUGUCCUUCAUCUCCCUCAUCGAUGGCUACUACCGCCUCACGGCCGAUGCUCACCACUAUUUCUGCAAGGAGGUUGCCCCACCGCAGCUCUUGGAAAACAUAGAGGACCAGUGCCACGGCCCCAUCACGUCCGAGUUUGCAGUGAACAAGCUGAAAGUGGCGGGAGGAAUUGCAGGCUCCUACCUGCUGCGUCGCAGCCCCCAGGACUUUGACAGCUUCCUGCUCACCAUAUGCAUCCAGACCCCGCUGGGCCGGGACUACAAGGGUUGCCUGAUCCGGAAGGAUCCGUCAGGCAGCUUCUCGCUGGCCGGGGUGGGCCGUCCCCACUCGAGUCUACAAGAGCUGUUGGCCGCGGCCCAAAACACCGGCCUGCGGGCUGAUGGGUUCGCCCUCAAUCUCCACACUUGCUGCCCUCCCCGGCCCAAAGAGAAGUCCAAUUUGAUUGUGGUGCGGAGGGACUGCAGUCAGCUACCCUCGUCCCCUUCGCCGCAGCCCCGGCUUCAGCUCAGUCACAUGAUGUUUCACACCAUUCAACCCGAGAGUCUGCAGUGGCACGAAAACCUGGGCCACGGCUCUUUCACCAAGAUCUAUCGGGGCACCCGGCGGGACAUGGCAGAUGAGGAAACGCGGGAGACUGAAGUGCUUCUCAAAGUCAUGGACAGCACCCACCAAAAUUGCUCUGAGUCCUUCCUGGAAGCGGCCAGUGUGAUGAGCCAAGUCUCCCACCAGCACCUGGUGCUGCUCCACGGGGUCUGCAUGGCAGGAGACAGUAUCAUGGUGCAGGAGUUUGUCCGGUUCGGGGCGCUGGACACGCACCUGAAGAAGCACACCCCCAACAUCACUGCCAGCUGGAAGCUGCAGGUAGCCAAGCAGUUGGCCUAUGCCCUCAACUACCUGGAGGACAGACGCAUCGUCCACGGCAACGUCUCUGCCAAGAAAGUGCUGCUGGCCAGGGAAGGGGAUGGGGCCAGUGGGAGCCCCCCUUUCAUCAAACUCAGCGACCCCGGGGUCAGCCCUGCAGUGCUGGCCAAGGAGCUCCUUACUGACCGCAUCCCGUGGGUGGCCCCCGAGUGCCUGUGGGAUCCCAAGAGCUUGAGCCUGGAAGCUGACAAGUGGAGCUUCGGCGCAACAGUCUGGGAGAUCUUCAGUGGGGGCACCAUGCCCCUGAGCACCCUGGAACCUGCAGAGAAACUCCAGUUCUACAAGAAGCAGCACCAGCUGCCUGCACCCAAGUGGACGGAACUGGCCAACCUGAUCGGGCAGUGCAUGGAUUACUCUCCUCCCCGCAGACCCUCCUUCCGCGCGGUCAUCCGGGACCUCAACAGCCUCAUCACCUCAGAUUACGAACUCCUCUCGGACCUGUCCCCCAGUGAGUUGGCUGUCCGAGACGGGUUCUGGCCCAGCACCAAUCUGUCUGCCUGCCAAGACCCCACGCUGUUUGAGGAGCGCCAUCUCAAAUACAUCUCCCUGUUGGGCAAGGGCAACUUUGGGAGCGUGGAGUUGUGUCGCUACGACCCCCUGGGGGACAACACUGGGGAGCUGGUGGCUGUGAAGCGGCUGCAGCAGAGCACGGCGGAGCAACUCAGAGACUUCCAACGGGAGAUCCAGAUCCUCAAGUCUCUCCAUAGCGACUUUGUGGUCAAAUACCGGGGUGUCUGCUACAGCCCAGGCCGGAAGAGCCUGCGCCUGGUCAUGGAGUACCUGCCCAAUGGCUGCUUGCGUGAUUACCUGCAGCGCAACCGCCAGCAACUGGAUUCCCGGCUCCUACUCCUUUAUGCUUCCCAGAUCUGCAAGGGGAUGGAGUACCUGGGUUCUCAGCGCUACGUCCACAGGGACCUGGCCAACAGGAACAUCCUGGUGGAGAGCGAGACUCAUGUUAAGAUCGGGGACUUUGGCCUGGCCAAGAUCCUGCCCCAGGACAAGGAGUACUAUGUGGUUCAGGAGCCCGGCCAGAGCCCCAUCUUCUGGUAUGCCCCAGAGUCCCUGUCUGACAAUGUCUUCUCCCGGGAAUCUGAUGUCUGGAGCUUUGGGGUCGUGCUAUAUGAGCUUUACACCUACAGCGAGAAGAGCAGGAGUCCUUCAGCGGAGUUUCUGCGCAUGAUGGGAUGUGACAGGACGAUGCCCAUCCUUUGCCACUUGCUGGAGCUUCUCAAGGAAGGCAAAAGGCUACCCACUCCCCCUGGCUGCCCAUGGGAGGUGCACGAGCUAAUGAAGAGCUGCUGGGCUCACAAUCCAUGGGAACGGCCGUCCUUCAGUGCCCUGGGCCCCCAGAUCGAUGCCCUGUGGGAUGAACGGAGCAGUGGCCGGGGGUAGAUGAGUGGGGGGCCUUGAUGGAGCCCUCCCCUCCCCCCUGCCUGCCAUCAACCCCACCCCCCAUCCUCUUUGUGGGGUAAAUGGGUGAUCGAACUGCUGACCUGAGCCAAAGGGCUCAGAUAGAACACUGGGUGGGGCAGCUCCAGGAGCCUAAGUGCCAUUUCUCCCCCGGCCCUCAAAGAAUGGGAGGUCAAGACUUUCUACCCACCUCAAACACCUCUGCUACAAACUGCCCCCUACCCUGAGGACUGGUGCCCAGAUCAAGGUCAGGAUGCAAUGGUAGAAGCAACAGAGAGCUGGAGGAGGGUCAGCAUGAAAUCACACGCUGGCUGGUUCUCUGCCCGGGACUUCCCGUCUCCUCUCUUGGGCUUCGUGUCCCUCCUCCUCUUGCCUCUGGCUCACUUCCUUCACCUCCGUCCAGCCUCUACCUUGUUCAGUAACAUUAAGGUCCACCUUCUGAAAUGAGUCAUUGCGGAGCCAGAGAAACAGCCAGACUAAAUGGGUUGAACAGAAGGGUAAAAGAGUGAGUACUUCAAGUGGUUUAUUGCCAGUUGAGGAUUACCCGGCAGGAAGAAGAGUCAGUUCUCCCUCCUUUCCCACUGGACUGGCAUACAGAGACAAGGCAGUAUAAAAUGAACUAAGUUUUUUGUAGAAAAGAGAGGGUUGGGUUCAGAUCCAAGAACAGCCUAUGUUUUUUUCUAGGUAAAACUAGGUUCACUCUACAAACACACGCACACAGACUCACACAUGCACAUGCUUGCAGGCUUAUCUGGAUUAGACACAGAAGGGCCAGGGAAGAAACAGUUGAAGGAGUUUCUCAGAGCAAGCUAAGAAAGGGCUUAAGGUGGGGGCAAGGGUGUAAGAAAGUGAAAACAGCUUUUUCUCUUCAACAAACAGCCAACUGAAGGACAGAUAAAGAGAUUUCUAUUUUGACAUGGAACAGCUCAGUGUUUGUUGUGUCACCAAGGGGCAUGGUGAUGAAUUGGCUUCAGUGAAACAAAAAGGGCUAGUGUGAGUGGAAUUCAUGCAGGAAGGGUGGGGGACACCGGCACCCAAUUUUAAGACAUUUGUCUCCGCUAGUGAAGCAGAAUGGAAUGCUCCCUCUAUGACAGCUCUGUUUUCCCGGUUGAAUUAUUUCCCCAGAGACCCACUGUAGCACGCAAAGCAGCACACCUUCAGCACACCUUCAGCACACCAGGUGGCCCUUGGCCCAAUCCCCCAAGGAAGGAUAAAGGCAAUCUGUUGGAUUUA